UCAUCUUGAGAGAAAAAAAAAAUUGAAUUAUGCGGUCGCUGAAUGCAAGUCCCGGUCAAAAUUCGACCCCAUCAUCAAAGUUUUUCGUUUUUGGUUAUUUAUCAUUACUCUUGACGACAUUCUGCUGCUUGCUCCUUAUCCUGGAGUGUGAAGGACGCUUCAAAGCUUGGAAGUCGGUGGCGGUGAACACGACUUUCCUCGCGACGAUUGCAGUGCAAAACUCCAGUUACAUCCUCCGCUCCAUCGUACAAUGCAUGAACCGGGCCACGACUUUGGACUGGGUUUACGUAGCCUGUUACACGCCCAUGCAGGAGGGAGGGGAAUGCUCUCUUUGGGGAUAUGAAGUCUCUGUUAAUCUUCCAGCGGAUUCAGGAACACAACAAUCUCACUGCAAGCUCUUCUACCAAGAUGAUGGCUGCGUGCUGGCGAACGGGUCGCUGGUGGCGGCGGGGACGAAGCUACCCUACUCCAUGUACGCCGACGUCUUCAACGUAUGUCAGGUCAACGGACGCAUUCAGCAAAUGUGUGAGUUCGAAGGCCAGCUCUACAAUCUGAACGCAAGCAUCGGGUGCCUUCUCUGUACCACAGUCGGCGUCACGUACGGUGACAAUAAUCGUCGUCGCGUCUUGGACGUCGCGCUGCCUCCGAGGGACACGUGCUGCGCUCAGGCAGCCGACGGAUACUGUCUGUCGGAUAUUGCGGAGCGGUCCACUGCCUCUUCUAUCAGUUCAGCCGACGACCACCGCAUGUUUGCUGGUGACCUGGGCAACGAUGUGACGGAUGAGCUGCUCACGAGGACCUUCAACGGCUACCCCUCCUUCGUCAAGGCCAGGGUCGUGCGGGACAAGUUCACCAACAAGAGCAAGGGUUACGACGUGGAGGAAUGCGCUGACACCUCCGUUGGCUUCUGCGAGGCGAAGACUCGGUGCGAGGCGCGAGGUCUGCCGUUGGCCUCACGGGAACUGUACUACAACUACAGCCUCAUCACACAGCUUGGUACCCGUGAGUUACAGCCUGGCAGUUAG